GUUGCAAUUCAGGGUUUCUCUUUCUCUUUUUUUUUCUCCUCCUCAAAAACAAUAGGAAGUUGAUCAAAAAGUCCCUUGAGCGGGGUUCCCCACACGGGCAUAUUUUUCCUCCCCGGUUGUUUGAAUUCUACCAAUCCACGAUCAACCGCAAUUUCAAAGGAGCCAACAUUUGGCAAGAGCUUCCGAGCAGGCCUGGAGGAAGGGACGCGCGGGCGCUGUACACCAGCUAUGGAUAACAUGGAAACACUUGGUCCUCCACCCCCCUAUGAUGACAAGAGGUCUGGAACUGAAGAUGAUAGAAGUUGCGAGAUGGAAGAAGGGGACUUCCGAAUUGCAUAUUGGGUGGAAAAAAAUGUUAGGCAAGCCUUCAUUCGCAAGGUUUACAGCAUCAUCACCCUUCAGUUACUACUGACUGUGGCAAUUGUUGCCGUCUUCACUUUUGUGACUCCUGUGAACACUUACGUGAUCAAUCACAUUGCAAUCUAUUAUGCAUCUUAUGUUUUAUUUUUGAUCUGUUACCUGGUGCUGGUGUUUUGUCAAAAGAUCCAGAGACGAUUUCCAUGGAACAUAAUCCUUACGACAAUUUUUACACUGUCUUUGGGAUUUAUGACAGGCACCAUUGCUAGCAUGCAUGAGACCAAAGCUGUAAUCCUUGCCAUGAUCAUCACUACAGUUAUAACAAUCACUGUCACUGCUUUCUCUUUCCAAACAAAGGUGGAUCUCACAACCUGGACUGGGUUUUUUUGUAUACUGGCAAUUGUCCUUUUUGUGACUUCUAUCACUACUACUAUUGUCCUGAUACACAAAUAUAUCUAUUGGGUCCAUAUGCUUUAUUCAGCCAUUUGUGCCAUCAUCUUUACCCUGUUCCUUGCAUAUGAUACCCAGUUGCUCUUGGGGAAUAAGAGGUUUUCCAUCAGUCCUGAAGAUUACGUUUAUGGAGCAAUUCAAAUCUACGUAGAUGUCAUCUACAUCUUCCUUUCUUUUUUAAGACUUGGGAGCAGACGUUAGGGAUUUUUUUAUAUGGCAACUUAAGGAACAUGUUGUUUUCAGAAUAUUAGUAUCUUUGCCUUCCCCCAUAUGAAUCUGUUUUUGAAUAUUAUCAUAUACACAUACUUACAAAUUUCCGGAUUGUUCUUAUUUUACUAUACUGUGUGAAAGCUUUGUAUAUUUUAAGGAAACUCAUUUAUUAAGUACAUGGGCUGAACCCAAAGUUCAAUAAACUUAAGUCCCCUGAAAUAAUUAGUACACUGUCAAAGUGAAUAUAUGUCCUAUGAGAUUCAUUUGGAUUUAAUAAGUUUUCCUGCAUCAGCAUCCAUGCCAAAGCUCUUAUCUGCAACUAUUAAAAUUAAUUCUUCAGUUAACAUAAAAGAAUACAACUAGUACAUUAAUGUAGCAUACAGCAUAUAGCCAGAACAUUACUAUUUUUCUUUCAUAGUACAUCUACAUUGUACAUCUAAAUCUACAGGUAUUAUAUUCAUAGGAGGCUUUGUCUAGCCGUUAUCUUAUUAGAAUUCUUAAAUUAGACCAGAGGUUCCUGUAGGGGUCACCAAACUUGGUAACUCUUAAAACUUGUGAACUCCAACUCCCAGAAUUUCUCAUUCCCAUGCUGGCUAGGGAAUUCUGGGACUUGAAGUCCACAAGUCUUAAAGUUGCCAAGUUUGGAAACUUCUGCUCCAGGCCAAGAUUCUGUUUUACACAGAGGAUUCUUGGAUGCUGUUACCUGUAAGAAUCUCAAAGAGACCUGGCUGCUGUUGUUUUUCAGUGGUCUGACUCCCAAUAAGGAAGGGAUGAAUCCUCUAGUAACAUACCUUCUACCCUGCACUUCCUAGUUACUGUACACUAUAGAAACAUCCGAGAGAGAUGUUGAAGAUUCAGAAAGUUCUGGGUUGAGAUCUCCAGUCUUCCAGCUUACAGGCUGUCAUUUCUUAUAUUGGUAUUACAGAUAAAUUGUAUAAUAUGUUUUUUUAUAUCUAAUGCUGGCAUUUUUAUUCAUAAUUCCUUUAUUAAUGAUUGCCACAAUGAAAUAGAUGAUGGCAGGAGUAACCUCCGAGACAGACAAUGUGAAGAUCCAGAGGGUUCUUCUGGGUUGAGACCUCCAGUUUUCCAGCUUGGAGGCUGUCAUUUGUUAUAUUAGUGUUACAAAUAAAUUGUAUAAUAUGUUUUUUCUUAUAUAA